UUGAUUUUGUUUUUCUUUUUGCCUCGGUGGUGUGGUUUUGCUUUCGCUAGCGGAGCGCUCGUGUGGAUUUGUUCUGGGUUUUCCGACGAAAAGUUACAAGUAUGGAGAUCAGCAAAACGAUUGGAAUUGCGGCCGGUGUCGCCGGAACGCUCUUCCUCGGCUACUGCAUAUACUUCGACCACAAGCGCAGGAAGGAUCCCGACUUUAAGAAGAAAUUGCGCGAACGACGAAAGGCCAAGAAGGCAGCAGCAUCGGCAGGGCCAAGGACAACAAUCCCUAACCUGACAGAUCACGAAGAGGUGCAGAGAUUCUUCCUGCAGGAGAUCCAAACCGGCGAAGCGCUCAUUUCCGCCGGUGACAUCGAGAACGGGGUAGAACAUUUGGCUAAUGCAAUUAUCGUGUGUGGUCAGCCGACGCAACUGCUUCAGGUCCUCCAGCAAACGUUGCCAGCGCAGGUGUUCGCACUGCUGAUCACCCGCAUGCGACAGUACGGCAAUCAGGCGGGCGAGAGCGAGCGAAGCAAGAUACAGGACAUGAACGAUGAUCUGGAGUAAGUGCGGCCCCAAUCAUCCAACACAUCCGGUCGGUCUUGUUUUGUGGCACACGGGGCAUUUGCGAGUAGUUAAGGUCGUCUGCAGCAGCGGGGGGAGAUGUGACGAGAAUGUAGCGAGAAUGUGUGUCUAUCGUCGUCGACAGCAGCGAGUGGAGAAACGUAAACGACAACCCCCAAAACGCAGCAGGAACACCAAUUACCCUCCCCUCAAAUACUGAAACUGCCUACCUGCGGGAAAUGAACAACAACAGUACAGCGCUCGCGCGUCGUUUAGCAAGCAAUCGAAUAAUUGUUAUUGGAAAAGCGCUCUUGCACGUCAUCAUCGUCAUUGCCGGGGUGUGUUGCACAAUAGCAUGGAGAAACACAUCCUCCGAAGCUGCCGGCAGUAUCGUCGUCUCCUUUCUCGCCCCCUUUCCCCAUUACACUUCCCUUUCUGUGUUUGUGUGUCGUUCGUUUCCAGAAUCGCACCGAGCGGCGGGCGCACGGGCAUCAAAUUUCGCUAUUCCGUACGCGUAGUAGAACAAAAUCAGAUUAGUUAUAAUGGCAAACCAUACGACAAAGAAGAACUCACAUUAAACGCAAAAAAAAACACACAUACUACGCUUUUCAUCGUUUCCAUGGUGGGAGGGAUGGGUUAAAGGAAGAAAGCCCCCUGUUUUCCAUUAACAUCACAACACGUAACGUCCUUAAUAACAGCAACUAGCAUUUUUUCUCUCUCCUCCAUACAAUCCGUGCCUAACAAGUGCCCCUCGUCUGCCCAUCUGCCCCAAUGCGUUCGAUUCCGUCUCCCAAAGCAUACUCCGCUAUCCCAAAGAAGAAGAAGUAAAAAACGUUCCACUUCACUCCAAACGGGGGGUAAGGAUGGUUCCGUAUCCGUACAAAACGCACACGACGCGCUCAUUCAUAUAACCAAGCAAGGCGUUAAAUUACAUGCUGCUAGAAGCUAGAAAAUGUAGUAAAGAAAUACUUAAAAAAAAGAUCGCCCUCCCGAGAGGGGAAGGAGAGAUGCAGUGUCGUGUGGAGGAGCACACUAUAUACAGGCGAACAAGCAAAACUAACCAACCAACACUAACUCUAGCGAUGAAGAAGCAUUAGGGGGUGUACCACCAAACUUUGUUGAAGCAGACUAAAUGAAAUAUAUGAGCAACCGAUAGCUUUUCCGGGAGAAUAAACGAUAUCCAGUGUUAUUUCAUGAAAA